AUGGCGAUGGCGAGUAGGGAAUUGGGAAUGGAAUUAUUGGCUUUGACUAUGGGGGCUCGGGUCACGUCGUCGAGGGCCACGCGCGCGCUCGCCUCGCUCGAGGAUGAGGCGCGGCGCACGGUAUUGCGUCCGACGCAGCAUGACGCGGAUAUUUGGCGGCUCAUCUUUUUUUUUUUGGAGCGAUCUUCCACAGAGGAGGAGUAUGGGAGCAGUUUCGGACGUGAUUCUUUUUGGGAUGGUACGUGGCCCAUGGCGUUGCGUAGCGGAGGAAUGGAGGGAGGGAGGCGGAUGCGAUGGACGAAGGUGUGCCCCCGCCAGCGAGGGCUAGCGAGAGGUCAUGGAGCAUGGCCAACUACCUGUAAGCAGCUCUCGAAAGAGGGAGGCUGGUUGUCGUGGAGGAGGUCGGUGGAUGCGUGCCAUCAGGUUCGUCAACAGGAAGCUCUCGCAGGGGAGGCCGGAAGCAGCCGUCUUCACCAAACGGGUGGAAGAUGACAAAACAAAAAAGGGCAAACGAGAAUAUUCAACGUAGCAUUGUUCAAAAUGGAAGUGGAAGUAUAGAGAGUCAAUACCCCUUAGGAACUAAAGGUAGGUUUCCUACUCUCUCAAAUGUGUAUGUCACUUACACGACUAUCCUUACACCAUGGAGAGAACCCCCUCCUUCUUCUUUGGCCACCCCCUAGGUGGGUGAAGGGUUUAUGCUCUUAUAUUUCUUGACCAUGGCUAUGAAGGUCGAGAGCCUCUUCGAGACUGGAUCUCACUCCCAAGGGGGAGUCUGUUUUUGGUUACUGCAAUCUACCUCUUGUCAUCAUUUUAUCUUUGCUCGGAGAUCCGUAACCCUUUUUUUUUGCAAAAUAGGAUGGUGGAAAAACUUUAGGGGCAAGUUUGCGGCCAAAGGAUGUCUCCAAAAGGUUUUCCCAGUGCUUAGGCACCCCUGGGUUGUGAGCGCCUAUAUAGGGCACCUAGGCACCUUGGGGUCCUUCUGGCCCAAACCCAUUUACACUGGAUGUCUCUUGGUGGAAAACAAUCCUAGUAUAUUUUUCUGGAUUUUUUCAGGAGGUUAAAAUACAUGUUUUCCAUGAUAUUCAGAAACACAAAAAAACUAGAACUAAGCACUGAAUUAAUUAGUUAGUCCAAUAAAAAUGAUAAGAAAUAUGCUCAAGGUAUGAGAGCUUGGUGGGGAGAAUCUUAUUUCGUCUUCAGGGACACGCCGCCGCCUCUCCUUCCUAAGUAUGACAUCGGCAAGGUUCAUGAUCCACUACACCUCCAUGACCCUAAUACCAGAGGAGAUGAGGCAUAUCGACGGUGACGCCAUCAAGAAACAUAAAAUCCUUGUCGGCUUUCUUAGUGAGAAGAAAAACUUAGUGUUCUACUUUAAAAGCAUUUUUUAUUUUAAAGACAUCUUUAAUUAUACUCCAUUGCAAGGCACGAGCCAUGUACUAUAAAAGUUGCUAUUUAAAUC